CACACUACACGUGCUUCUCUUUACUUGCGCCUGCGCGACACCUCCGGGAAAACGGGCCUUAAUCUUUGAUGUGUGUGACCUACGCAGUUCAGUUAGCAAUAUGGCCCACCACGUGCAUAUUCCAUCUCGUGUGUAUUAACUGAGUCGAUCUUUUUACAUUACAAGAAUUACAACAAAGAAUACUACGUAUAGCUGUUAUAAUACACGAGCAAGAUCGUGUAAUAAAUUUAUAUCAAAACUAAGGUGUAUACCAAUUCUUUCACUUGUACGCACGAUACAAGCCAGGAAAGAAGAACACGUGCCCACUUGCACGAUUGCACAAGUAUCAACACAUCCAUUACAACAUAGUUAAUUGUUUAUUAUAGUGUACAAAAUACAUUUCUUACGGAAAGUACACUAGAAGCAAUUUUAAAUUUUUAUUUUUUAGAAAAAGAAAUUCUGAAGUAUUAAAAAAAUGAGUUUGGCUAUCGUAAAGUUUGUUUUUACAAUUGUCAUUUUCGUUUAUUGGACCACACUUUCAAUAGCGGAUGUACCAUUGACCAUAGAAGACUACGUGAACGAAUCGCUUCAACUUCAGUGUAAAGAUGAGAUUUCUUUAAACUUUUCAAACGCUGUGAUUUCUAAGAUUAACCAAGAUUUCAUUAGUAGUCCAAUAAUCACUUGCCUUAAUCUCAUAGGCAAUAAUAUUAUGAAUAUUGGGAAAGGCGCUUUUAAUAAAGUUCCCAAUUUAACACAUUUGUUUUUAUCUAAUAAUAAACUUGAUGAACUCUUUAAUUUUGGUACACACGAUAAGCUACAAGUGCUUAUUAUAAAUGAAGCAAGAAACAUAGACAUAAACUUUGGCAUCUCAUUGUCAGAUUAUUGUUUAUACAGGUAUUCUAAAACAAUUCACAUUUUUGGCGAAUAUCCUAAUUUAGAAAUUUUGUCUCUUCGUUUAAAUUGUAUUAGCGAAUUACAAUUUUCUCCAUUAAUGGAACAAGAAACCUCACAUUUUGAAAAGCAUUACGAUAUAAUUUCAAAAGUUCUAUUUCCCAAGUUAAAGAUACUGGAUCUCUCCGAAAACACUAUAAAAAGGACCAAUUUUAUAAAUUUAAUAUCGAAUAACUUAUAUUUUCUCGAUCUUCAUAAUAAUUUGAUUGACUCUUUGAAUUUAUAUGAAAAAGGGAACAAUUUGUUUGCACUAAACUUAAAUAAUAAUAAUUUUAAUUCUAUUAGUCAUCAGAACAAUCCGUGUCUAUCGAUGGUUGGUUUAAAAAAUCUGCAUUAUCUUUCUGUUUUCAACAACAAGGUUAAAGUCAUUGAUUCAAAUGCUUUUCAAGACAACGGCAAAUUGCUCUACUUAAACUUAUCUUCAAAUUACAUAAAUUAUAUAUAUCCGGACACAUUUGCAAAUUUACAAUACUUAAAAACGCUUGAUUUGAGUAUUAACGAACUUGAGAAUGUUCCACAAAUAUCAAAGGAAAUAGAACUCAACAGUUUGUAUAUUAAUUACAAUAACAUAACAAAACUAUUUUCACAUUCCUUCGUGCAAAUGCCAAAAUUGACGACAUUGUUAUUAGGACAGAAUAACAUUGAUGAGAUUGAUGUUAAUGCAUUUGCUGAUCUUUCUAACCUAGAAGAAUUAGAUCUCUCAAAAAAUAUGUUGCGUUUUCUGCCUCAAAACUGGGCAGAUUCUCUUGUGUCAAUAAAAUAUUUGGAUUUAAGUUCUAAUUACUUUAUUUCACUGGAGCAUUUAUCGUUGUCAAAUGCAUCACCAUUGACAGAAGUAUAUUUAACGAUGAAUCCAUUAGAAUAUUUAAAUGUUGCAUAUUUUAAGAAUUUACCGCAAAAUCUUACUAUUAACUUAAUAGAUAAGUCAAAGUUUGCAAAAUAUUAUAAAUACAAAUUCCAAAAAAUAUAAUUAUUAAAAACAAAU